AUGCGCGGCACAAGUCGAAAUACCUUCAACUUGAACUUCCCUCUGCGGCGAUUGUUGCUGCAAAGUGCACGAGCAGCUCGCGGUAGCCCACCGCUCGGUCAGAGGCUAUGCGACGCGGAAAAGGGAGGCAGUAACAGUGGAGGAAGUGGUGGACAUGGGAGCGGUUCCAAUGGUGGCGGAAAGCAUGAUAAGACUGGAUCUUCAGGCCAUAGCAGUAAUAAGCACAAUUCCGACGCAUCUUCCCAACAUUCAACAAACUCGCCGGGUAAUCUAGAUCGUGGGACAGCGAACUCGAAACUCACCCCUAACAGCCACAAAUCAUCGCAUAGUCUGCAUAGUAAGGGAGGAAGUUCUAGUACGGCCGGGGGAGUCGGAACAAAUGCAUCGUCCACCGCCGGAAAAGUACCCGACGAAUGUCCCUUAUGCUAUGACGUGUUACCCUCUAGCGACGAGUAUUAUCCACUGCUGAAUUGCAAACACUAUGCAUGUCGAGCGUGCCUGGAGAAUUAUCUAAUGAUCCAGAUCUCAGAAUCACGCACGGAUAUCAGUUGUCCACAAUGUUCGGAUUCGAUGCACCCAACUGACAUACAAGCGCUUCUUAAGGCGUUCCCAACGGCCAUCACAAAGUAUGAGGAUUUUAUGGUUAGACGGGUGCUGUUGUCUGAUCCAGAUUCACGUUGGUGUCCAGGACCAGAUUGCACGUAUGCAGUUAUCGCUACCGGAUGUGCCUCCUGUCCUAGAAUAUGCUGUCAGCGGCCGGGAUGUGACGUUCAGUUUUGCUAUCAUUGCAAGGCGGAGUGGCAUCCCGAUCAAACAUGCGAUGCGGCCCGCGCUUCCCGGCAAAGCCCAACGCGCGCCCUGUCCGGUAGUAUUAGAAAAAAUUCACAACAUAAAGAUGAAAUUAAACCCUGUCCGCGUUGUCAGGUGCUUAUAGUGAAGAUGGAUGAUGGUUCCUGCAAUCACAUGGUGUGUGCUAUCUGUGGUUCAGAGUUUUGCUGGCUGUGUAUGAAGGAAAUCAGCGAUCUUCAUUAUCUUAGCCCUUCGGGAUGUACGUUCUGGGGUAAAAAACCAUGGUCACGAAAAAAGAAACUACUCUGGCAGCUCGGAACCUUGGUGGGCGCUCCACUAGGGAUUGCUCUAGUGGCAGGAAUUGCCGUACCAGCGAUGAUUAUUGGAAUACCUGUGUGGGUCGGACGUAAGAUACAUACUCGGUACAAGUCUGCCGGCAAGCACAAACGAAAUUUCGCCGUUCUGGGAGGAGUGACGGCAUCGGUAAUUGUUUCGCCUGUCCUUGCCGGAUUAGCAGUUGCCAUUGGUGUGCCAAUACUGUUGUUUUAUGUGUAUGGCGUUGUACCUGUCUCACUUUGUCGGGCUGGUUGUGGCGAAGGAACAAAAUUUGAGUUUGACGAGGAGGAGGAUAACGGUUCUCGAAACCAUGACGCUGCCAGUGUGGAUGCGGUUUCACGCAUUGGAGCCACUAGCAUUGGAGAAGUUAGUCUUAGUGUGGCCAGUGGAAGCCAUCUCGGUGUUUCAAGCCAACAUUCAGCGUAUGGUGCAACGAACCCGUCCACUACGGCCCUUGCUGGCAGCAUUACAGGACACCGUUUGGAGGUACAGGCUGACGUGAGCACUUCAGAGACGGCCUCUGCGGUGACAUGUGUUAGUGAGAAAUCUGGUAAUACGCUGAACGAUACAGCCUCCACCAAGGCUCUAGCCGGGUCAAUAUUGAGUUACAAACAGCAGGCAGAAUCAAGUGCGUUCAGCGAAGAUGGCGCUUCCGAAAGGGUACGGUUCGACAACACCGUGUCGUUCGUUAUUGACAGUAAGAAAGAUUCCUGUGAUUUCUUGUACAGUAUACCGCCGGAUCAGGACACAGCUGCAGAUAAGGCAAGUUUGGGCAGCGGACGAUCCUUUCGCAGCUCUGAACGUUCAUUCCGGGAUGACUUCGAUUCUACCAGUGUGUCUUCAGCGCACAAGCGCAUCAAUUUUGGCAAGCUGAUUCCCAAGCUCAGCUCCAGUCAGCAUCGUAAUCUUUCGGUAGAUAGUACAACCGGUUCGUACAAUAUCCCGGAGAACGUCAGUCUGGAGCAGGAACUGGAGCAAGAGGAGCAUGCGGGUCAGCAUGUUGUAUCAUCCAGCUCGUCGUUAGCUGUCACAGCACCACAGCGCAACCCAGCACAAUCCCAGACUACGAUUUUAUCCGAAGAAACAUCUACACAACAGCAGAAGCAGAGCAGAGCGCAGUCUGGAUCUAUCGAUCCGUCUCCCGAGUUCACGGUACGACAUGCAAGCCUUGCUACAAAAUCGUUUACCGUACCCAUAGCGUCAAGCAGCAGCAGUUGCUCGUCAAACGAGGCAAUCAAUAGGGCAAUUUUGGUAGAAAAGCCAGCACUUUCAACGUUCAGUGCAGGGAUAUGUCGUACCGGUUAUACAGAGGCUGCCCAGAAUCAAAGAAACGAAUUGAAGCCAAUGCAAUCGGUAGAAUCACCUCCACUAUCCACAAGCUCCUUAAAUGAUCAUUCUACCAAGGAGCAGCCACCAAUUGGGCCACCAAAAUCGCGCACUCACAUUCUGCGCAAUCUGUUCUUCUCGCUUCCGAAUACGUCGGAAUCGUCAGCACCUACUGAGGCUACGGUCGAAUGCGGACAUGUUAGUACGGGUGCACGUACAAAGACAGCAUCCGCCCCGUUGACUUCACCACUAUCGCCAUCGUCCUCCUCCACUUCUUCUGCUUCCUCGGUGACACCCACAGGUUCUUCCUCGAACACACUUCCAUGA